AUGCUGAUAGGAAUCAGUAUAAAUAGCAGUGGGUUGGUUCCAAAUUUAUCAGAUCCAAUUUACAAAAUCUGCGACGUAAAAAUGAAGAUUUUUUUUGCGACUCUACUUCUGACCUUCACGUUAGUCAUCAAUUUAUGUGAACUGAAAGCUAAUGAGUCAGAUAAGAAUCCGUCAUUUCCUCCAAUCCAGCCAGUUCGUCAAAUCCCGGCAGUGCGUCCAAUGCGGCCACCUCAGGUUCCAAUCCAGCCACCUCCAGUGCCCCCUCUGAAUGUACCUCCUGUAGGUUUACUCCGACCGGUCAAUUUACCAGCUGGGCAUUUAGUUUAUUCUCAAAAUGGACGAGUUCUUACUUUGUUUGCGGAUCCACCUCCUCGGCCACCUCCACCUCACCAAUAG